AAUUACAUGUACUCAUGAGGAAAGACAGAAAUCAAUAGUGCAAUAGUGAUUGCUUCUGGAGUAUGAACAAUCUUUCCCUACUAUUUUUAUAUGUAUGUUUGUAUUCUCCAAAUAUUCUACAAUGAUCUGUACUUUGGUAUUCAAAAAGAAAUAAAAGACACCAAUAAGAAGAGAUAUUCUUCCCAAAAUAUAUGAUCUAUGUCUCCAUAGAAUACUGAAAUGGUAUGUAACUAUUUUGCAUAAUUCCUUGAUAUUACCCUCGUCUGUGUGUUCUUUAGCCUGCUUCAUUAAGAGCACAUUAUGUUCCUAUCACUUCCCUGCAGGCAUGUCCCGAUGAUCUGCUGUCAUGACCAAUCAGAGCUGCCAGGAACAGUUCAUCUUACUGGGUUUCUCAGACAGACCCAGGCUGGAGCAUAUCCUCUUUGUGUUUGUCCUCAUCUUCUACCUUGUGACUUUAGUGGGCAACAUCGUCAUUAUCUUGGUCUCCCACCUGGACCCCUGUCUCCACACGCCCAUGUACUUCUUCCUCACUAACCUGUCCUUCCUAGACCUCUGCUUCACCACCAGUUCCAUCCCCCAGCUACUUUUCAACCUAGGCGGCCUGGAUAAGACCAUCAGCCACAUGGGCUGUGCCAUCCAGCUCUUCAUGUUCCUGGGGCUGGGUGGCACGGAAUGUGUUCUCUUGGCAGUCAUGGCUUACGACCGCUUCACGGCAAUCUGCAAGCCCCUUCACUAUUCUGUCAUUAUGCACCCUCGGCUCUGCUGGCAAUUGGUGUCUGUGGCCUGGGGGAUUGGACUCCUCAACUCCCUAGUUAUGUCUCCAGUGACAAUGAAGCUGCCACGAUGUGGGAGAUGUAAGGUAAAACAUUUCCUAUGUGAGAUGCCAGCUCUGAUAAAAAUUGCCUGUGUGGACACAGUGGCUGUAGAGAGCACUGUUUUCAUCUUGUCAGUGAUAAUUGUCUUGGUGCCCCUGUCUCUUAUCCUCAUCUCGUACAGCUACAUUGCUCUAGCGGUACUGAGAAUCAAGUCGGCAGCAGGAAGAAGGAAGGCUUUCAACACGUGUGGGUCCCACCUCACUGUAGUCUCCUUGUUUUACGGGAAUAUAAUCUAUAUGUAUAUGCAACCAGGAAAUAAUUCUUCUCAGGACCAAGGGAAAUUCCUUACCCUCUUCUACAACUUGGUGACUCCUAUGUUAAACCCUGUCAUCUACACACUGAGAAACAAGGAUGUGAAGGGUGCGCUGAAGAGGCUUGUGUCUAGAAAGCAAGGUGACAGUCACUUUUUCUAAGGUUGCUUCUUUUACUUAUUUAAUAGAAUGACAUAAUUCUUGAAGUGAAAUUUUCAAAUACAUCUAAAUAUUCCUACCUAUCCAGUAAAAACCUCCAGGGCUGGAGCUUGAGACGAUGUAUUAUAAAGUUCCAAGUAUGAUGGAGAUGAUUAGGUAAAUUAUAAGUAAAAUUUAAUUUUUAUAGCAUCUUGUAUUGACACAUCAAAUCAUCUUUUCUUCUCCUUUCCAAGUUAGCCACAUCCAAU